AUGACGCAGUCUCCCAUGAUCUCGGCGCCGCUCAAGGCCACCAACGAGAUCGACUGGGUCGCGCCCUUGAAGGCCUACAUCCGUGACACGUACGGCGAUGAUCCCGAGCGCUACGCUGAGGAGUGUGCCACGCUCAACCGCCUGCGCCAGGACAUGCGCGGCGCCGGCAAGGAGAGCCCCUCGGGCCGUGAUAUGCUCUACCGCUACUACGGCCAGCUGGAGCUGCUGGAUCUGCGCUUCCCAAUAGACGAGCAGCACAUCAAGAUAUCUUUCACAUGGUUCGAUGCCUUCACCCAUAAGCCCACGACGCAAUAUUCCCUGGCCUUCGAAAAGGCAUCCGUCAUCUUCAACAUCUCCGCCAUCCUUUCCGGCCAUGGCGCCUUCCAGAACCGCGCUGACGAGUCCGCUCUCAAGACGGCAUACCACUCCUUCCAAGCAUCCGCCGGCAUGUUCACAUAUAUCAACGAGAAUUUCCUCCAUGCACCAUCCUUUGACCUCAGCCGCGAGACUGUCAAGACGCUCAUCCAGAUCAUGCUCGCGCAGGCGCAGGAGAUAUUCCUCGAGAAGCAAGUGGCGGAUCAGAAGAAGAUUGGGCUCCUAGCCAAGUUAGCGGCGCAGACUGGCCACCUUUAUAGCCAGUCUAUCGAGGGCGUCCAGGACAACGUGAACCGUGCCAUCUUUGAGAAGGUUUGGUUGACGCUUGUACAGAUCAAAGCCCAUCUCUUCAACUCCACAGCGCAAUACUAUCAAGCCUUGGCGGAUGACGAGGCGGGCGAGCACGGAAUUGCCGUGGGCCGCCUCCAAGUCGCCGAAACUCUCGCCAAGGAGGCGGAGCGUAUGGCGAGAAAUUUUCCUGCCUCGGUGCCGUCGAGUUCGAAUCUGGGUGCUGAGACGAGCGGCCUGCUGCAGGAGCUCACGAAACGACAGUUUUCGACUGCUCAAGAGAAGCUGCGCGAAGCUGUCAAAGACAACGACUUUGUCUACCAUCAGACCGUUCCCGUCGAAGCGAGUUUACCCGCCAUCUCCAAACUCCCUGCCGCCAAGCCGAUACCGGUCAGUGAGCUCUAUGCGGGACAGGAUAUUUCGCGUAUUACUGGUCCGGACCUGUUCGGCAAAAUCGUGCCCAUGGCCGUGACCGAAUCUGCCAGCUUAUACGAUGAGGAAAAGGCCAAGCUGGUGCGGGCCGAGACCGAAAAGGUGGACACAGCCAAUGGGGAAAUGGCAGCCAGCCUGGACUACCUGCGGCUCCCUGGUGCCCUUCAGGUCCUCAAGGGCGGAUUUGACCAGGACAUACUGCCGGACGAAGACUUCAGACAAUGGUGUGUUGAUGUAGCGGACCACGAGAACCCCGCCUCGAUCUUCGAGUUCCUGAGAACAGAGAGGGAAUCGAUCCUGUCGACACUCGAAAAGAAGACGAAGCAGCUGGACAUGGAAGAGAGUGUCUGCGAGAAGAUGCGUUCCAAAUACGAAAAUGAGUGGAGCCAGCAACCCAGCGCCCGCCUGACGACGACAUUGAGAGGUGACAUCCGAAACUAUGGCGACGCCUUGGAGGAGGCUUUGAGGAGCGACAGCCAGCUCGCCGCGAAACUGCGCCAGAACGGAGCCGAGUUUGACGAGAUGCGACGGGCUGCAGAGGAUGGCGAGGUGGACCAGCUCUUCCAGCAAGCCGUGGCUGUAGCCAGGGGGCGCGGCAGCAACGCGACGAGUCCAGCGGCGGCUGAGCCGAAUCUUCUCGAUGCGGAUUUCGGCGAGAGCGGGCCCAGCGUCAUGGAUCAGAUCAACAGGGUGGAGGAGAUUCUCAAGAAGCUGAACCUAGUCAAGCGAGAGCGCAAUCAAGUGUUGAAAGAUCUCAAGGAGAAGGUUCACAACGACGACAUCUCGCAGGUUUUGAUACUCAACAAGAAGUCGAUAUCAAACUACGAAGCGCAGCUGUUCGAGCAGGAGCUGGAGAAGUUUCGGCCGCAUCAGAAUCGACUGCUGCAGGCGAAUCACAAGCAGUCGGCGCUGAUGAAGGAGCUCACAGCGACCUUCAACGCCCUGCUGCAGGACAAGCGGGUGCGGGCCGAGCAGAGCAAAUACGAAACGAUUCAGCGUCAGCGGUCGUCAGUCAUCAACAAGUACAAGCGGGCGUACCAGGAGUUUCUGGAUCUGGAGGCCGGACUGCAGAGCGCCAAGAACUGGUACUCGGAGAUGAGGGAGACGGUGGAGAGCUUGGAUAAGAACGUCGAGUCAUUCGUCAACAACCGGAGAGCCGAGGGCGCUCAGCUGCUCAACCAGAUCGAGCAAGAGCGGUCGGCGGGCAAGAGCAGCCAAGCGGAGCUGGAGCGGGAGCGGCUGCGCGGGCUGAUGGAGCGCAUGUCCAUGGACCCGGCAAAGUCGCCCCCGGCGACAACAGCAUCUGGGCGACCGACGCCGGCGCCGCUGUUCCAACCCGGACAAGGGCCGCGAUACCCGCAGACCAACUUCCAGGGCCAGUACCAGGUGCCGACGUCACCACCACCGAACCAGGUGCACAUGAUGCAGAAGCAGCAGCACCAGCCACAACAUGCACAGCAAGGGAGCUAUCCAGGCUAUUCAAGUCCGCCGCCGGCGAGUACAUUCUCACAUCCGUCAUACAACCCGAGCCAGUACGGUCGAAACCCGGGCCCUACAUCGCCGCCGCCGCAUCAGUCGUCGUUUGGCAUGGGCGCCAUGAGGGGCCCUGCUUCGCCGCCGCCGAACCAGACGACGUUUGGGCAGGGCCAGCACCAAAUGUACCAGGGGUACGGGGGCCAACAGCAACAGCAACAACAACAACAACAACAACAACAACAACAACAACAACAAGCAGCACAGCAGCAGGCGCCGGCGGGCUAUGUGCCGCCCGGGUUCGUGCCGCCGCCUCCGCCACCGGGCCCGCCGCCGCUGGGGCCGCAGCAGACGAUCCACUAUGGCAACCAGGAGUACGAGUAUACGCCGAGCGGCGGGCAGGCGAGGCCAACACAAGGGCCGCCGGCGCAACAGGCACACGACCCGUGGGCGGGACUGAGCGCAUGGAAGUGA